AUGCCUUUUGGUCUUUCUAAUUCACCUGCAACUCUACAAAGAUUAAUGGAUAUGCUUUUUACUCCUGAAUUUGAGAACAAGGUAUUUUGCUAUCUGGACGACAUCGUUAUCAUUAGCGAGACUUUUGAUGAACACAUAUCACUCCUUAUGAAAGUUCAUGAAAAACUUUCAUAUGCUAAUCUGACUAUUAACUUUGAGAAGAGUCAAUUCUUCAGGAAAGAACUGAAAUACCUUGGUUUUCUAGUGGACGAGUACGGUCUACGUGCUGAUCCAGAUAAAAUAAAAGCUAUAUUAGAAUAUCCUGUACCUACUUGUAGAAAAGAAGUGCGAAGAUUCAUAGGCACCUGCAGCUGGUUCAGAAGAUUCAUUCCAAACUUUAGCACUAUUGCCUCUCCACUCAAUCAACUAACCUGUUCCGGGAAGAACGCUCCUAAAUUUCUUUGGAAUUCACAAGCUGCAGCUGCUUUCCAGAAACUUAAAGAAGCUUUGGUAACUGCUCCUGUCCUUGCUUGUCCUAACUUCGAACUACCCUUCUCUGUACAUUGUGAUGCAUCAAACUAUGGCAUAGGAGCAAUACUUACUCAACAUCAAGAUGACAAAGAAGUCGUGAUUGCUUACAUGAGUAAAGCACUAAACAAAAAUCAACAGAAUUACUCAACUACUGAAAGAGAAACAUUGGCUGUAAUGACUGCGUUAGAACAUUGGCGAUGUUACCUAGACAAUGGUAAAGAAUUUACAAUAUAUACUGACCAUGCUGCACUUAAAUGGUUUCAGAACUUAUCGAAUCCAUCAGGAAGACUUGCUCGCUGGACUUUACGCUUAUCUUGCUUUAACUUUGUCCUGAAACAUAAAAAAGGAAAGGAUAACGUUGUUCCAGAUUUAUUAUCAAGACAUAAGAAUCAAGAACGUCCUGAUACACGAGAAAUUUCACCUCAAGGCGUACAUCCUAUUACGAUUGAAGAACCACCUGAUCGUAAACUUGAGCACUACAACAAGAUAUUUCUCGGAUGCUCCAACAACCCAGACUCAUAUCCCAACUACACUAUCAGGGAUAACAAACUUUACCGCUGCAUCCAUUCUCCCGAUCGUCUAAACGAUGACUUUGUUUGGAAAGAAGUUCUACUACCUCAAGAUAGACAUGCAAUUAUUAAAGUUAACCAUGGUUCCUCUUCAGAACUCCAUCUUGGUAUCUUCAAGACAUUCAAGAAAAUAUCUUUAAAAUACUAUUGGCCUGGUAUGUUUAAGGAUAUUGCCAAUUUAAUCUCAACUUGUUGCCAAUUUAAAAUCAGUAUAUUCUAG